GUGAAUCAUUCUGUGCAGGUUCAGGCUGCUCACUCGCCAGAAAUCGCUGCUGAGCGUCUCACAGUUGCUGGGUUGGAGGGGGAGUGAGGCUUGUAGUUUCCCUCUUAAAGUGGAACUGUCCCGAAAGACAUUUGGAUUUUUGUGUGUGUGUCCAUAUCGAAAUAUAAAAUAUUGCACAAAGAGAGCGUUUGAGCGAACGCGCAUUUUCUCAUCUUUCUGGGCAGCGGAUCGAAGUUACCACCAUGCCGGUGUUUCACACCAAGACCAUAGAGAGUAUUCUGGAGCCGGUGGCUCAGCAGAUAUCCCACUUAGUGAUAAUGCACGAAGAAGGGGAGGUGGACGGCAAGGCGAUCCCCGAUCUCACCGGACCGGUGGCCGUAGUGCAGGCGGCCGUCAGCAACCUCGUCAGGGUGGGGAAAGAGACGGUUCAGACCACAGAAGACCAGGUCAUGAAGAGAGACAUGCCGUCGGCCUUCAUUAAGGUGGAGAACGCCUGUGCCAAGCUGGUGCAGGCGGCCCAGAUGCUGAAGGCCGACCCCUACUCCGUCCCCGCCCGCGAUUACCUCAUCGACGGGUCCCGCGGCAUCCUGUCGGGAACCUCCGACCUGCUGCUGACGUUCGACGAGGCCGAGGUCCGUAAGAUCAUCCGGGUGUGCAAAGGAAUCAUGGAGUACCUGACCGUGGCGGAGGUGGUGGAGACGAUGGAGGACUUAAUCACAUACACCAAGAACCUGGGGCCAGGAAUGACGAAGAUGGCGAAGAUGAUUGACGAGCGGCAGCAGGAGCUGACGCACCAGGAGCACCGCGUGAUGCUGGUCAACUCCAUGAACACGGUGAAGGAGCUGCUGCCCGUGCUCAUCUCCGCGGUGAAAAUAUUUGUGACGACCAAGAGCACGAAGAGCCAGGGCGUGGAGGAGUCGCUGAAGAACCGGAACUUCACCUUCCACAAGAUGAGCGCGGAGAUCAGCGAGAUCAUCCGGGUCCUGCAGCUCACCUCCUGGGACGAGGACGCCUGGGCCAACAAAAAGGACAUGGAGGCGAUGAGGAGGGCGUUGGCGAUCAUCGAGUCGAAGAUGAACCUGGCGAAGGGCUGGCUCAGAGACCCCCACGGCAUGCCAGGGGAUCCCGGAGAGCAGGCUGUGCGGGUGAUCCUGGACGAGGCAGGGAAGGUGGGGGAGCUGUGCGCGGGGAGGGAGCGCAGGGAGAUCCUGGGAGCCGUCAAAGCCCUGGCGCUGAUCUGCGACCAGGUGUGCGAGCUGCGUGCCAGGGGCCAGGGGCCCACCCCGGGGGCCAUGCAGAAGGGCCAGCAGGUGGCCGGGGGCCUGGACAUUCUCACGGGGAAGGUGGAGAACGCGGCUCGUAAGCUGGAGGCCAUGACGAACGCCAAGCAGGCCAUCGCCAAGAGAAUCGACGCUGCGCAGAGCUGGCUGGCGGACCCUAACGGGGGCCCGGAGGGGGAGGAGAACAUCCGCGCUCUGCUGGCAGAGGCCAAGCGCAUCGCUGACCUGUGUGAGGACCCCAAAGAGCGGGACGACAUCCUGCGCUGCAUCGCCGACAUCGCCGCGCUCACCGCCAAGCUGAGCGCGCUGCGGAGACAGGGUAAAGGGGACACUCCGGAGGCCCGGGCCUUGGCGAAGCACAUCGGGGCGGCGCUGCAGAACCUGCAGUCCAAGGUGAACCGCGCGGUGGCCAACAGCAGACCCGCCAAGGCCGCCAUCAACCUGGAGGGCAAGAUGGAGCAGGCCCUGCGCUGGAUCGAGAACCCCAGCGUGGACGACCGCGGCGUGGGCCAGGCUGCGAUUCGCGGGCUGGUGGCGGAGGGCCGGCGGCUGGCCAAUGGGCUGCUGGGGCCGUACCGGCAGGAGCUGCUGGGCCGCUGCGACCGCGUGGAGCAGCUCAUGCUGCAGCUGGCAGACCUGGCAGCCCGCGGGGAGGGGGAGUCCCCCCAGGCCCAGGCCGUGGCCCACCACCUGAAGGAAGCGCUGAAGGACUUGAAGGCUAAGAUGCAGGAGGCGAUGACUCAGGAGGUGUCGGACGUCUUCAGCGACACCACCACCCCCAUCAAGCUGCUGGCUGUGGCAGCCACUGCGCCCCCCGAAGCCCCCAACAGAUCAGAGGUGUUCGAUGAACGAGCCGCUAACUUUGAGGGCCACGCGGGCAGACUGGGAGCCACGGCGGAGAAGGCCGCGGCGGUGGGCACCGCCAACAAGAGCACAGUGGAGGGCAUCCAGGCGGCGGUGAAGAGCUCCAGAGAGCUGACCCCACAGGUGGUUUCUGCCGCCGCGAUUCUGCUGAAGAAUCCGGGGAACCAAGCGGCCUACGAGCACUUUGAGACCAUGAAGAACCAGUGGAUCGACAACGUGGAAAAAAUGACGGGUCUGGUGGACAUGGCGAUCGACACCAAGUCCCUGCUGGACGCGUCGGAGGAGGCCAUCAAGAAGGACAUCGACAAGUGCCGCGUCGCCAUGGCGAACGUGCAGCCCCAGCUGCUGGUCGCCGGGGCGACCAGCAUCGCCCGCCGGGCCAAUCGCGUGCUGCUGGUGGCGAAGAGGGAGGUGGAGAACUCGGAGGACCCCAAGUUCCGCGAGGCGGUGAAGGCGGCGUCGGAUGAGCUCAGCAAGACCAUCGCCCCCAUGGUGAUCGAUGCCAAGGGCGUGGCCGGACACAUCCAGGACCCGGGGCUGCAGAAGAGCUUCCUGGACUCGGCCUACAGGAUUCUGGGAGCUGUAGGCAAAGUGAGAGAGGCCUUCCAGCCUCAGGAGCUGGACUUCCCCCCUCCCCCUCCUGACCUGGAUCAGCUGCAUGUGAACGAUGAGCCGGCCCCGCCCAAACCGCCUCUCCCUGAGGGCGAGGUCCCGCCCCCCCGGCCCCCUCCCCCGGAGGAGAAGGACGAGGAGUUCCCCGAGCAGAAGGCCGGGGAGAUGGUGAGCGAGCCCAUGAUGGUCGCCGCCCGGCAGCUCCACGACGAGGCUCGCAAGUGGUCCAGCAAGCCCGAGGUGGUGGAGGAGGCGUUUGAGCCCGCCGAGGCGGAGGUAGAUAUUGAUGAUGAGGAUGAGGCGGAGGACGUCGAGUUCACAGACAAUGAGGACGAUUUCGAGCCUGAGCUGCUCCUAAUGCCGUCCAAUCAGCCGGUAAACCAGCCCAUCCUGGCAGCCGCUCAGGCCCUGCACCAGGAGGCCCGCAAGUGGUCCAGUAAGGGAAAUGACAUCAUCGCGGCGGCGAAGAGGAUGGCGCUGCUGAUGGCGGAGAUGUCGCGCCUGGUGCGCGGCGGCAGCGGGAACAAGCGCGCCCUCAUCCAGUGCGCCAAGGACAUCGCCAAGGCCUCCGACGAGGUCACGCGGCUGGCCAAGGAGGUGGCCAAGCAGUGCACCGACAAGCGCAUCCGCACCAACCUGCUCCAGGUGUGUGAGCGCAUCCCCACCAUCAGCACCCAGCUGAAGAUCCUCUCCACCGUGAAGGCCACCAUGCUGGGCCGCACCAACAUCAGCGAGGAGGAGUCGGAGCAGGCCACCGACAUGCUAGUCCACAACGCCCAGAACCUGAUGCAGUCCGUGAAGGAGACGGUGCGGGAGGCUGAGGCGGCUUCCAUCAAGAUCCGGACGGACGCCGGCUUCACUCUGCGGUGGGUCAGGAAGACCCCCUGGUACCAGUAAAACGGUCUUUCUCUGCUCCGCCUCAACCGUGCAGUCCCGCAAACCCACCACCAGGGGGCAGAGGAGCGGCCCACCGAACGACCGGACAGGUCCCGGCCGUCUCGUUUACAGAAAACAAACCUCUCGCCCGGAGAAAUCAGUUUCAGUUGCUUCCUUUUGGAAUUUAUGUUCUUAAAGAAGGUCUGCGGUAAGCUUACCAUCAGCUUCAGUCAUGGUAGAAUGUAGUCAAACUGAAAACUGUUUUUUUAAGAUUUAUUAUUAUAAUUUUUUUUUAGCAUUUUUGGUUUUCAAGCAGCCCCCCCCCGCCCCACCCCAUCCCAUAUAUCAAAUAUAUAUAGGUAUUUAUAUUUUUUGCAUGGACAGUCUUUUGAAAUGAAGGACAGGAAUAAGCUUUACCUUUUAAAUGGUACUUUAACUUAUUUUCUAAUUUAAGAGUUCUGUGAAGCAUACCAUUUAAUUCUAUUUCAACACUGGGAAUUUUUUCGCGUGUGUACAUUUUAAUUGCUUAAUUUAUUUUUAUUUUUAUGUUUCUGUAUUCAGAAACUCAAUCUCUAAAUCACGCAGGAAAACCCUUUUACAGCUGUGCGUAAAAUUAUGUCAGCUGAACUCCUGCAUUUUAAUUAUUACAAUCAAGUGUUCUUAAUGUGAUAUUUACGCCUUUGAAUUGUUUACACCAGUUGGUGCUUGGUGAGCGUUCAUGUAUCAUAAUGUAUUUAACAUUUCAUAAAUGGCGCCAAAGAUUUUAUUUAGCCAUGUACGGUUUCAAACUCAUUAUUUAUGUUUGCGUUUUUUUUUUUUUUUUUGCAAUAUAUAAAAAAAGAUUGAAAGGAUUUUUUUCUAAGCAGUCUGCAAGUCUAAUUCAAAACGUAGACGGGAGCGUGAAAGCAAAAUUAACCCGAUAUUUAGGGUCAAACUCAAUCAAACCGUUAUUGCGCUUUGUUCUUACUUUUGAGUGAUAAACUCUAUUGUAAUAAGAAAUAACAAGGUUGUAUUUAUUCUCUAUUUAUUCUCGCUUAAAUGAAUGUCUUAAUGUUAAAAGACAAAGCACAUAAGCAUUUGACAGUUUCAUUUUACUCUUAGUAGUAAAAAUGUUUCAAAAGUAAAACAUUUAAUUUUUGUAUGGUUUUAAUUUAUAAUUGUAUGAAUGAUUUGCGUGUGUUGUGCUGCUGUGAGAAAUUAGUCCAGACUAGUACCAGAUAAAAAAAUAAUAGUACACCCAUCCUUGGUGUUGUAUUAUGUCCCGUGGUACUUUCCAGUGAAACAAAAUCACUGAUCUUAAUGAAUUACUUGAAGUAAUCAGCGUUAAGAAGUCGUAUUCUGUUGCUUAAAUGAGCACGGUAUUUAUUUAAAUAAUGGUACGAGAAGCGGUUGUGAAAUUUCGAAACGUACAGGUCCUGGUGCGAGUUGUAUUCCCGCGGGAACUGCGUGCUUAAAACCCUGCACGGUCUACAGUAAAGACCGACUGCCGUCGCAGAGCGAGCAUACGGCACUAAUGUGAACCGGAGUGUUAUUGUGUGACUCGGCCUGGCCUUGGUAUCUACCCACCGACAGACACUUUGCAUUAAUGUAAUGCAGACCCGCGUGAAAUGUGAUUGAAUACUUUUCGACACGUUAGAACUUUUAGUCCUCUUGCUUGGCUCAAUUACACCAGGCAAGAUUAGUCGAGCUCAGAAAAGUAUUUGAAUCCAAAACAAUUACGUGUUUGACCCAGGUCUGAUCGAUGCGUUUCAUGCCAAGUCUCAAGAGAGUUGCUUUUUUUUUUUUUUUUCUUCCAACAAGCAUGUGAGGCUUUUGAGAACCUGUGGUAAACUGCUGUUUGAAUGUGAAUGUACUACUGAAGCCAUGCGAUCCCUGUGCCUUGGAAUAAAAGGGUUUGUAGUCUCUAUUUCUGUUUCACUAGAACUCUGUAAAGGUAAAGCUAGCCCGUUGGCUCACUGAAGGCACGUGGAGGCCAGAGCGAGCAUCCAGGUGGCUAGUUAUAUCAAAGUACAAUUGUAAUCGCUCUGAUGCUCUGGGUUGGUCAUCAUGCCUAACUCUUGGAGGUUUACAUUGUCAAAAUCUGACAGGCUUUUAAUAAAGUAUUUUGUAACCUUUU